AUGGGGUAUUCACAGUUCCAGACAUAUCGAAAUUUAGUGAUUCCCUUCCUCCAACUCCUGAGCCGCUUAUUCAUUGCUUCUAAAGUGGAUGAAGAGGACAAGGACAAAGACUCUAAGUAUGACUCGUCCCUGUACAAACGUGGCGACCUUUUGGAGGUUCCUAGAACUCUCUUCAUCCAUUUCGGCAUCUACCUGGGCAACAACCGGGUGGCGCACUUCAUCCCGGACAUCCUUCCGGUCUUCACCAAGAACAAGGGUGCCAUCGGCAAGACGGUGACCAACAACCGGCUGAUUCUAGGGGUGAUCGCCAAGUCGGCGAGCGCCAGGGUGGACUCGUUGGCGGAUUUUGCUUAUGGCUCGGAGAUCCUGGUCAACCACAUGGACAAGCUGUGCAGCCAGCCCCCCCUGGAAGGGGACGAGGUGGCCAGGGGGGCAGAGAAGCUCAUGGGCUCCAUGACCUACAGCUUGCUGUGGUACAGCUGUGAACACUACGUCAUGUACUGCCGUUACGGCAUGGCCAUCAGCUACCAGACCUACCAGUUCUGUUUGACAUUGAGGAAGAUCAUCUGCAGAAGGAUGAGCGCCUACCUCACAGCUCUGUGUGGAACGGGCACCGUGUUAUACCUGGGCUCCCCAACGCUGCUGAACACAGUACCCACCCUGCUCGUCCCCUUCGCCAUCUGGAUGGCAUCGUAAAACAAAAUGGCCAUGACAUACAAAGACACUCGUUGAAAUGACUGCGGAAUAUGGAAUGCUUAAACGACGUCCCACUAUCGGUAUCACUGCAUUAUCAUUGUACAUGACAUUUUUUUUUAAAGCAUUAUGGGAAAUGUCACGUUGGUGGUGAUAGUAGUUUUUUUCUCCAACUUGCGUUAUUUUAUUAGUUAAAAGUUUUGACAGUUUAAAGAAGAGUAAACAUCCUACACAUCUGGUAUAUACAUAUACUGUACAUCUGUGUAUAACAGUCUAUAAAUGGACAGCAAUAUAUAUAUAUUUUUUAAAUUGUUGUUCCUGAUAAAGGCAUUGUUUUGACAGUAUAUAACGGACAUCAUGGCCUUGAUGGUCAAAAUUAUACAGACAAUAAUGACAUUAGGACAGGAUGGACAAGGUGCAAUUUGACACUGUUAUUGCCAUACUCCGACAGGGUGAAUGUACUGACCUAUGCCUUUUAACUAAAUUCAUAUGCCAACUCUU